UAUUAUACGUCAGGUAAAUUCUUUGUGUCGUCAAACUAUGUUAACAACUCCGACAAGAUUCGUUGCUCUAAUAAGAAUCCCAUUCCGAUCUUCCAUUAAGUUUCCGAUCUCCAUUGCUCACUUUCCCAAAGGUUAUCCUCAGAAAACAGUUAUCAGAGCUUUAUCAAAUCUCCAAACGAUGUCGACCCCUGACGCCGCCGUCAGCGCCACCGUCACCGACGCCGGCAGAGGAUCGAUCACUCACGUCAUAUUCGACAUGGAUGGUCUCCUUCUCGACACGGAGAAGUUUUACACGGAGGUCCAGGAAAAGAUACUUGCUAGAUACAAUAAAACAUUUGAUUGGUCUUUGAAGGCAAAGAUGAUGGGGAGAAAAGCGAUCGAAGCUGCCAGGCUUUUCGUUGACGAAAGUGGAAUCAGUGACUCUCUUUCCGCUGAAGAGUUUAUUGUAGAAAGAGAGUCAAUGUUGCAAGACCUUUUCCCCACAAGUGACCUUAUGCCAGGAGCCAGCCGACUUCUCAGACAUCUCCAUGGGAAAGGAGUUCCAAUUUGUAUAGCCACAGGUACACACACACGACAUUUUGAUCUUAAAACACAAAGACACCGUGAGCUUUUUUCGCUGAUGCAUCACAUAGUGCGGGGGGAUGACCCAGAGGUGAAGCAAGGGAAGCCCGCUCCAGACGGCUUUCUUGCUGCAUCCAGGAGAUUUGAGGACGGUCCUGUAGAUCCACAGAAGGUUCUCGUGUUUGAAGAUGCGCCUUCUGGAGUCCAGGCAGCUAAAAACGCCGGAAUGAAUGUGAUAAUGGUACCGGAUCCAAGAUUAGAUAAGUCCUACUGCAAUGUUGCGGACCAAGUUCUGGCCUCUUUGCUAGAUUUCAAACCAGAGGAAUGGGGCUUACCUUCCUUCCAGGAUUCACACAACUAAAACCACAAAAUCUUUCAGGGCAACGUUAUCCUCAAGCUAACGAUACUUGACUCGUUGACGACUUUGGUUCUUUAAUGAUUAAAGCCUCUGUACCCUAUACGAGAAAGAUCAUUGCAAAUUAUAGAUUCUUAUUGGGGUAAUUUAAAACAAUAUAUUUAUGUUCGUGAUUUGAUAUCUGAUUUAUGAUUGUAAUUGUUAUCCAGACCGUUAAGUGUGACUUUGGUGAGAAGGAUAUGGGAUCGAUUGUUGUGAGUUUGGAUUACAUUCGAAGGUCAUAAUAACUCAUAAGCUUAGAUUGUGUGGGAUGUUGUGAUUUUGUCGUUAAAGUGGUUUACUGGUUUGGACUUUAACUUGUACUGAAUACUUGGUUUCUUUUUUUCUGAAUUCAACUUUAUAGAUGGCUA